AGACACCUCAAGGUUAGGCUGUAAAGUCCAAAGAUGAAAACCUCCCUAACGUGCAUCCUGGUCAUUUGCGCCCUGCUUGCUGGCAUCUUGGGCUCAGCCAUGGGACGCAAGCUCAAUCUGGGCUCCUGUACACUGACGGUUCACACUCACGAGCUCAGGCACCACUUCCAGCAGAUCCGCCACAAUAUGGUCGCACAAGACAACCACAAAGGUGUGCGCUUGCUGAAGGUGGAAACGAUGAAGAGCUUGCAGGCUACAGAUAGCUGCUGCUUUCUGAAGCAACUCCUACGCUUCUACAUCGAGAAGGUGUUCAGCGGCUACACGAGCAGCCAGUUGCUUCACCAGAGAACCACCAGCGUUCUGGCCAACUCUUUUCUCAGCAUGACCAAGGACUUGAAAGCUUGUCAUGCCCAGAUGCUCUGCCAGUGCAGUCAGGAAGCCAACCUGAAGUUUGAUGCCAUUCAGGAAUCCUAUGACAAGUUGGAGGUGGCGGCUGCGUCGGUAAAGGCCAUAGGAGAGCUGGAUUACCUUCUGGUGUGGCUCGAAAGCUUCCACAACAAAGACCAACAUCAUAAUGAUGACUCAAAAUAG